UUCUGUGCCAUCCGUAUCAGCCAUCAGGACCGAAAGGAAAGUUUCAUUAAAAACCUUCUAAAGAUCUAAAGAAGUAAAGAUCGUUAUUUGAUUAAUGAUUUGACAUUUUGACCGAAUAUUUUAAGUACAUCAUUCGGUCGCGAUUCAGUCACUCGACAGAUUCGUUCAUUUUGAUUCUUUCAGUCGCGACCRUCACAACUCAAAUGAGCGGUUUAAGUUUGUUAAAAAAAACCAUUCCCAGGAAUGUGUGCUUAUUUAAACAGAUUCGACCUCUGCAUGUGUCAUCAGCACGGACYAAGUCAGUUGCUCCAAGAGAAUCACUGAACUCCGACUAUGUAUUAGAUUUGAACUAUGAUUUCCAUUACCGCGAUCAAAUACCAUUCACUGCAAAAGAUAAGAGGAAUAAUACUAUUGCCGAUGUUUCAAUGGGAGUAGUUUUGGCUUUUGUUUUGUAUAAAUGUUACUCUGAACCUGAACAUUUGCUUGGAGAUUUUCCGUAUCCUGAUUCCUCAGAAUGGACUGAUGAAGAAUUGGGAGUACCGCCAAUUGAAUAAUUAUAUGUUAUUAUUUAUUUAGUUAAAUGUAGUAUAUAUAUAAUCCAGAAAAAUAAUCUAUGAAAAGUGAAUAAUCCACUAAUAAAUUUACAUUGAUCGUUAAUAAU